CGGGGCGGGCCGGCGGCCUGGGGGGGGCGGGCCGGGGCGGUGCGAUGCGGCUCCCUCCCUCCCUCCUUCCUUCCCUCCCUCCCUUCGCCGCGCCGCCUCAUGGAGCCGCACGGGCCCGGCAGCGUCCUCUUCGGCUGUGAGCUGACUGGCAGUACCAAAUCCUACACGUUUAAGGUGGACGAGGAGGAUGACUCCAACCACAUUUUGGCUCUGUCUGUGGUCUGCCUCACGGACGGUGCCAAGGACGAGUGCAACGUGGUGGAGGUUGUUGGGCGAAACCAUGAGAACCAGGAGAUCGCUGUGCCUGUGGCAAAUCUGAGGUUGUCGUGCCAGCCCUUGCUAAGUCUGGACAACUUCCAGCUGCAGCCUCCGGUGACCUUUCGCCUGGCAGCGGGCUCUGGCCCCGUGCAUCUUGCCGGCUGGCACCAGAUCACGCACAGGGAAGAUUCCUCCUUUGAGGAGGAGGAGGAAGACAUGUCCGAUGAGGAGAUUGCUCCUGUGAUGCCAGCCAAGAAGCAGAGAGGGAAGCAGUAACUGGUCUCGUGGCAAGGUACUUCCUGGGACUCCUCGUUGGAUGGCUUUUACCUCGGACACCUCUUGCCAGGACCUCAAAUUUUGCUGCUUUCUGCUGUAACUUUUUUGGGGGUGAGGGGCAGGAGCUUCUCCCAGCACUGGGGUGGCCCCUCUCCCACAGCCCUAGAAAGUUGAUCCCAAAACGGGGUUGGUGCUGCUGGUAUCUCCCCCCUCUGCUAUCUCUGCUGUGCGAGUCAGGGAUGGCCUCCACAUCCCUUCUCCUGUGCCUUUUUGCUGUCCUGGACCUCUGCUCUGUGCACCCCUGUCCUCCUGGCUCUGCAAUGCCUGGCCCUGGCCCUUUCCCCAGGGGCUGGAUGUACAGCCAGAGGUGGGGAGUAGUUUCACUGAGAUUUUCAGAUGUUUGCUUUCCUUUACACACAGCUUGAUGGUUUUUACAUAGUCAGAAGUGUUAUGUGAAACCAGGGCCCAGGCUGCAUCCUCACAUGCAGGGUGGUGGGGUGGGGGCUCAUGGUCUCUCCGUGAUUUGGGGGAAGGCACUGGGUCAAAAUGCUUUGUAAAGAAUGGUUUUUACACUUUGAAUAAAGGUCUCUCAGGUGCCA